AUGAGAGUGCUUUUGGAGGUGAAAUCGUCGUUUUCUGAAGACCCAGAAAAUGUUUUGAGUGAUUGGUCAGAGAACAACACAGAUUACUGUAGUUGGAGAGGUGUGUCAUGUGAUGAUGACUCGGAGCAAGUGGUGGGACUCAAUCUGUCCGAGUCAUCACUCAGUGGGUCAAUAUCAUCUUCACUCGGUCGUUUGCAAAACCUGCUCCACCUCGAUCUCUCUUCUAACCGCCUCAAGGGUCCCAUUCCAACUACCCUUUCCAACCUCACUUCAUUGGAAUCGCUGAUUCUUCACUCUAACCAACUCACAGGUCACAUUCCCACCGAGUUAGCCUCGUUACUGAGUCUCCGAGCUUUGCGAAUCGGUGACAACGGACUCAGUGGAACAAUUCCCGCCUCACUUGGGAAUCUGAUCAACCUUGUCUACCUUGGUUUAGCCUCAUGCAGACUCACCGGUCCGAUUCCACCUCAACUCGGUCGACUCAGUGAGUUGGACAAUCUGAUCCUGCAGAAAAACGAGUUGACUGGUCCGAUUCCGCCCGAGUUGGGGAACUGCUCAAGCCUCACCAUCUUCACUGCUGCCGAAAACAAACUCAAUGACUCGAUUCCGAGUGAACUGGGUCAACUCAGGAAACUGCGUGUUCUCAACCUUGCCAACAACAGCUUAACAGGGGAGAUUCCGAGUCAACUCGGUCAAAUGAGUGAGCUCAAAUAUCUAAAUUUCGUAGAGAACAAGCUUGAGGGUAACAUCCCAAUGUCUUUAGCUCAACUGGGUAACCUUCAAACUCUUGACUUGUCCAUGAACAUGCUCAGUGGGGUGAUUCCAGAGGAGUUAGGCAAAUUGGGUCAGCUACAAUUCAUGGUUCUUUCUGGUAAUAAACUCAGUGGGACCAUUCCAAGAACCAUAUGUUCCAAUGCAACAAGUUUGGUGUUCUUAUCGUUUUCAGGGAAUGGACUUAAUGGUGAGAUACCAGCUGAAUUGGGUCAGUGCCAAUCACUGAAACAACUUGAUCUGUCCAACAAUUUUCUCAAUGGAUCAAUACCUACUGAGGUUUAUGACUUGUUGGGUUUAUCUUUUCUUUUGCUUCACAACAAUAGCUUGCUUGGUUCAAUCUCUCCCUCCAUAGGGAACCUCACUAAAUUGCAGACACUUGCAUUGUAUCACAACAAGUUGAUUGGUGCUCUCCCUAGAGAGAUUGGGAUGCUUGGGAAGUUGGAAAUGAUGUAUCUUUAUGAUAAUGAGUUAUCAGGGAAGAUUCCUUUGGAGAUUGGUAACUGUUCAAGCUUGCAAAAGGUUGAUUUCUUUGGGAACCACUUCAGUGGGGGAAUUCCCAGCACUAUUGGGAGGUUGAAGGAUUUGAAUUUCUUGCAUAUUAGGCAGAAUGAGCUUGGUGGUGAGAUUCCAGCCACACUUGGUAACUGUCAUAUGCUUGAGGUGCUGGAUAUGGCAGACAAUAACCUCUCAGGUGGCAUUCCUGCAACUUUUGGGUUCCUUAGAAAGUUGAAGCAGUUCAUGCUUUACAACAAUUCUCUUGAAGGUAGUAUUCCUCACCAAAUGAUAAAUGUGGCAAACUUGACAAGAGUGAAUCUUUCAAAGAAUAGGCUGAAUGGUAGUUUGGCUGCAUUGUGUAGCUCUUGGAAGUUUCUUUCUUUUGAUGUUACUGAUAAUGAAUUUGACAGUGAAAUACCCUUUCUCCUGGGGAAUUCACCUUAUCUUGAGAGGCUAAGAUUGGGUAACAACAAAUUUUCUGGUGAAAUUCCAAGGACAUUGGGAAAAAUCACUGAGUUGUCAUUGUUAGACCUCUCUGGGAAUUCACUUACAGGACCAAUACCAGAUGAGCUAUCUUUGUGUCAUAAUCUGGCCUCCAUUGAUUUGAACAAUAACUUUCUGUCCGCACACAUGCCAUCAUGGCUUGGAAGUUUGCCUCAGUUGGGAGAGCUUAAGCUCUCCUUCAAUCAAUUUUCUGGGUCUAUUCCACUAGCCCUAUUCAAAUUACCAAGGUUGCUGGUUCUUUCCUUGAAUAACAAUUAUCUUAAUGGAAGUCUCCCAGGUGAUAUUGGUGAUCUUGCAUCCCUUAAUGUCCUCAGUCUUCACAAUAACAAUUUCUCUGGACCAAUCCCUCAUGCACUAGGUAAGUUAAGCAAUCUUUAUGAACUCCAGUUAUCCAAUAAUAGCUUUAAUGGUGAGAUACCAACUGAAAUUGGAAAUCUCCAAAAUCUCCAAAGCAUUUUAGACCUCAGUUACAAUAAUCUCUCUGGUGAUAUCCCACCUUCACUUGGCAUGCUAUCAAAAUUGGAAGCACUUAAUAUCUCUCAUAAUCAACUCACUGGAGAAGUCCCUUUAGUAGUUGGUGAAAUGAUGAGCUUGGAGAGGCUUAAUAUCUCAUACAAUAACCUUCAAGGUGCAUUGGAUAAGAAGUUCUCCCGCUGGCCACAAGAGGCAUUUGAAGGGAACAUUCAUCUUUGUGGAGCCUCUCUUGGGAGCUGCAAGCAUCGCGGUACUUCCCACAAGAAGCUAUCAGGCUUAAGUGACACAGCAGUGGUCAUAGUCUCUGCCAUUUCAACUUUAGCUGCAAUUGCACUUCUAGUACUUGCAGUGAGCAUCUUCUUGAAAAACAAGCUAGAACUUUCCAGGAAAGGCAAUGAAGUGAAUUGUGUUUUGUCCUCCUCUUCAACACAAGCACGGCGAUCAUUGUUCCCUCUAACUUCUCCUGGAAAGAGAGAUUUCAGGUGGGAAGAUAUCAUGGAUGCCACAAACAAUCUAAGUGAUGAGUUCAUAAUUGGUUGUGGAGGUUCUGGAACAGUCUAUAGAGUUGAAUUCCCCACUGGAGAGAUUGUGGCUGUGAAGAGGAUUUCAUGGAAAGAUGAUUAUUUGUUAAACAAAAGUUUUAUAAGAGAAGUUAAGACUUUGGGGAGGAUCAAGCAUAGGCAUCUGGUGAAACUGAUAGGUUGUUUUAGCAAUAGAAACAAGGGAACUGGUUGGAAUCUGUUGGUAUAUGAGUAUAUGGAGAAUGGGAGUGUAUGGGAUUGGCUACAUGGAAAACCCCUCAAGCCAGGUAAAGCAAAUGGGUGCCUUGAUUGGGAUACAAGGUUCAAAAUUGCUGUGGGAUUGGCUCAUGGAGUGGCGUACCUCCAUCAUGAUUGUGUGCCAAAGAUCAUUCACAGGGAUAUCAAAUCCAGUAACAUUUUACUAGAUUCCAAAAUGGAGGCACACUUGGGAGAUUUUGGACUGGCAAAACCACUCAUUGAGAAUCAGGACUCUAAUACAGAGUCCAAUUCUUGUUUUGCUGGGUCUUAUGGUUACAUAGCCCCAGAGUAUGCAUACUCAAUGAAGGCAACAGAGAAAAGUGAUGUUUACAGCAUGGGAAUUGUGCUUAUAGAACUUGCUAGUGGUAAGAUGCCAACAGAUGCAGCUUUUAGAGCAGAAAUGGACAUGGUGAGGUGGGUGGAGAUGCUCAUUGAUAUGCCAGACACUGCAUGUGAGGAGUUGAUAGAUCCUGAGCUGAAACCCCUUUUGCCUGGUGAAGAGUUUGCUGCUUUCCAAGUGCUUGAGAUAGCCAUACAGUGCACAAAAACUGCACCACAGGAGAGGCCAUCAUCACGCCAAGUAUGUGAUCUUCUACUGCAUGUAGCCAACAAGAAGAAGCUGGACUUUGAGAAGCUGAAUUUGGAUCAUUACUAG